AGGUGUGGCUCAGGACAAAAAAGCUAAGAUGGAGUUGGUAAAAACUGUGUCUAUUGUAAAAAAUGACACUGAAGCAGAAGAUCUGUUACUGGAAAACAAAGACUCAGUGACUGAAUUUGAUGUUCAAGACAAAGAUCUCUCUUGGAAAAGCAGAAGGCGUGAGAAAACCAGAAACCGUCUUAAAUGCACACUUGCCGUACUGGCAGUGGUAUUGCUCUUAUGUGUCAGUUUUGGUGUUGGUCUUAUCCUGGGAUGGAAGCUUCUACAUAAUGACUCACCUAUUGGAGGAGGAGGACAGAGUAAUGACUACUGGAGGGACUAUUGGGGAAGCACAGUUGCAACCAGAAGCAUCAGUCAAUGGAUACCUGGAAAACUAGUAGCUGAAAAUAUCAGAAAUAAUCUCAAAACAUUAACUAGUAAGCCACACAUAUCAGGAAAGGAUGGGAACGCUGAUGUUACUGACUUCUUAUACAAUACAUACUCACAAUAUCAGUUUGAUUCAGUAUACACAAGGAACUACAGUGUCCUACUCUCUUAUGUUAAUCGUUCAAACUACAAUUCACUUCAGUUGCUGGAUUCAACUGAUGGUGUAUUGUAUACUGCUACUAGUACAAUACAGGAGACUCCACUCACUGAUGGAGAGAAUGACACUAGUGUACCUCCUCCCUUUAAUGCUUACUCUGCACCUGGUGAAGCUAAAGGUCCACUGGUGUAUGUUAAUUAUGGUCGUAUCAGUGAUUUCCAGUAUUUGGUGUACAAUUUGAGUCUUAACUUGACUGGUUAUGUCUGUAUUGCACGCUAUGGUCGAAUAUUUAGAGGAGACAAGGCUCAUUUAGCUCAGCGCUUUGGUUGUUCAGGAUUGAUCAUUUAUUCUGAUCCAGCUGAUUAUGCACCAAAGAAUGGUCCUCCUGUUUAUCCUAAAGGCCCAUCUCUUCCUCCAGGAGGUGUUCAGAGAGGAUCUGUAAUGUUAAUUAAUGGAGAUCCUCUUACUCCUUCUAUACCAGCCAUUGAUGGUGUGUAUAGACGUACAUAUGAGGAUUUUGUAAAGGCAGGGGAUGGUCCAGCAAUUCCAGUACAACCAAUAUCUUAUGGUGAUGCCAUUCACUUUAUGAGUCAGUUGGACAGUAUUCAGUCUCCUGAUGGCUGGAGAGGAGAGCUUGAUAUUAACUAUAUGAUUCACCAAUCAGAUACUAAUAAGAAUUUGACUCUUCUUAAAGUGAAUAAUAUUUUUGAAAUAAGAACAAUAUGUAAUGUGUUUGCUGUUGUAUAUGGAUCAAUGGAGCCUGAUAGCCUGGUGCUGUUAGGCAAUCAUUAUGAUGCUUGGACAUUUGGUGCAGUUGAUCCAAACAGUGGAACUGCAGUGAUACUAGAAGUUGCUAGAGUAAUAGAUCAAUUAAGAAGCACUGGAUGGAGACCAGGUAGAACAAUAGUACUGUGUAGUUGGGAUUCAGAGGAGUUUGGACUGAUUGGAUCUACUGAAUGGGUUGAAGAUAUGGAAAAGUUUCUGGUAGCUAAUGCUGUUGCAUAUUUAAAUGUUGAUGAAGCUGUUGCUGGUAUGGAUUCCCUGUUUGUUUCUUCUAGCCCAUUGCUCUAUGAUGUAUUAUACAAUGCAACUAAACAAGUUCAGUGUCCUUGUGAUGAUUAUUCUACACUUUAUGAUAAAUGGAAAAGUCAAUACACAUCUGAUGAACCAAGGGUUUAUAAUCUUGGUGCUGGUACUGAUCAUGCAGCUUUUGUACAACGUGCUGGUGUAACAUGUUCUGGUAUGGCUUAUGUUGGUGACUAUCCUGUCUAUCAUUCUGUUCAUGACAACUAUUACUGGAUGACAAAUUUUGCUGACCCAAGCAUGAAGUACAGUGUAGCUAUGGGCGAAUUAUGGACACAAAUUGCAAUGGCAAUAGCAACCACUCCUAUCAUUCCGUAUAAUCCAGUCAGAUAUUAUGAAAGAUUAUUAGAAAUGUAUAAUCAGUUGGAGUCAGAGCAUGGAUCAGCACUGAAGCAAAACAACAUUACAACAGCAUUACUGAAAGAAACUUUGGAUGAGUUCCAAAAAGCUGCUGCUAGCCUUAAUGCAACACUUGCUAAAUAUCAAAACACCACUAAUCUUAACAUCAUUCGAAUGCUAAACAAAAAGUUGAUUAACAUAGAAAGAGCAUUUAUACUACCUGAAGGAUUACCUGGACGUCCUUAUUUAAAGCAUGUUAUAUUUGCUCCCAGUUCAGUUAAUUCUUAUUCAGGAGCUUCAUUCCCUGGAGUAACUGAUGCUAUAUUUAAUGCUACUAGUGUUAAAGAUUGGGAGUUUGUUCAUCAGCAGUUGGAUAUAGUGGCUAUACAUAUAAGGUAUGCCACUCAGAUUAUGAACCAAUCCGGAACUGAAUGGAUUAAAACUGGUUGAAAUUCAGUUAAAAUAAUUUUGCAGGCUAUGCUUAUUAUAAUGUUUGUAUUAUUUUUAAAAGAUAUUUUUGUUUAUAAUGAACUUUGUAAAUCACA